GAGCACGGCGGCAGAGCGCGCAUGUGGUAUAUGCAUAGAAUUCUCAAUUAGACUGCCUACAAAAGAACUUAUUUUCGAAAAAAGUUGUGACAAAUGCGCGUUGCGUGCAUUUGACAUUUCGACGCCGCUCAAUAUCAUCGAUUUUUCAAUAUUUUCCCGAGCUACACAACCCAUGCACGGCAUUACGGAAACGCACCUUGACGAAGGCGCACGCAGAAUAGUGAUUGCAGGAAAAGAUUGAAAAGUGAAAAGUGUCAUUGCAUUGCAGUCUGGAAGGAAAUUCCACAUUACUGCUGAUCAGAGUACUACCGGAGCAAUUGUGUAGAAAUAAGUUUUAAAUAAAUAGCGCAAAUUCAUUGUUAAAGCGCACCGCCUACCCGCUUAGCACAAAAAAUAAUUACUGCCGCAGCGAAAAUGGUGUUGAAUGAUAUUACUGCGUUCCAGAUUUUCAACAGUGUAGCUAUUGGGCUUUUGUGCUUCAAAAUCGUCAAGAUAUUCCUACCAUGGGUUUACCUAAAUGUUAUUGGACCCUAUUUUUUGGGGCCAAAGUUGAACAUACGCAGCAUGGGCGGUUGGGCUGUGAUCACCGGUUCAACUGACGGUAUCGGAAGAGCUUAUGCGAAUGCGCUUGCGAAGCGGGGAUUCAGUCUGGUGUUGAUCAGUCGUUCCUUGAGCAAAUUGGAGGAUGUCGCAAAGGAAAUCGAAAAUAAGUACAAGGUAGAAACCAAAAUCAUCGAUGUUGACUUCCAAGAUAGCGUUGAAAUUUACGAUAAGAUCAAAGCAGGCAUUGAAGGCCUCGACAUUGGUGUGCUCAUUAAUAAUGUCGCCACUUCAUAUUCAUACCCAGAGUACUUUCAUUUGUUUUACCAACAGAAUCCUAAAGUCUUGCAAGACUUGGUUUCGGUGAACAUACACUCUGUGACACAUAUGUGUGCUUUGGUUUUGCCAGUCAUGCUGAGCAGGAAGAAGGGCUUAAUCAUAAAUGUGUCGUCAUCAAGCUCGACUGUACCCUCUGCACUGUUAACUCUCUAUAGCGGAACCAAGGCCUUCGUCGAUAAAUUUAGUCAAGAUUUACAGACGGAAUAUCGAGAUAGUGGAAUCACAAUACAAUGCAUUAAACCGGGAUUCGUUGCCACCAAGAUGAGUAAGCUUAAAGUGAAUAUAUCGUGUCCAACGCCCGAAACCUAUGUGGCUUCAGCACUAAAUUUUUUGGGAUAUAGCACGACAACAACUGGUUAUUUCCCACAUCAUUUCUUACAAAUAUCAAAUGAUUUCAUGUUGUAUCUAACGUGUGAACCCUUCGUUUCAAACAUAUUUUUUAAAUAUUGUUUCAACAUGAGAAAAAGCGCUUUGAAACGUUUGAGCCAAAAGAAAUAGGGGACCGGCAGAUGUGACAGCUGGUAUAAUUGUGUGUAUUUUUUGUUGAAUGUAAUUUAACUUAAAUGUGUUUUAUAUUAAAAAUAUUUAAAUUAA